ACAUAUUCUCUGUUCUUGGAGAGAGUUUGCGUGGAAGGGUGUUGCUAGGUUUUUUUCCACUCCUGCUCAGAUCAAGCAUCAGUCGUAUAGAUCCAAUUGUUGGCGAAAGUGUGGGGUAGACAAGGCAAACCAUUUCCACAUUUUCUGGGGCUGUACUUCUAUUAAACAGUAUUGGUAUGAGAUACACAAAUGUCUAGAAAUUACUCUUAAGAUUCACAUUCCAUUCAGUUUUGAAGUGAUGUACCUGGGAUUGAUUCCCAGUGAUUUUCCAAACAAAUACCUGUUCAGAAUCCUAACCAUAGCAAGUAAGAAAGCAAUUACAAGAAAGUGGCUACAACCAACUUUGCCUACUCUAGAUGACUGGGUGGACAUAGUACAUGAUAUUUUUACCAUGGAGAAGCUAACCUAUGCUUUAAGACUUAAGUCCCAGUUUUUUUCAGUACUAUGGAAAGAUUGGAUUGAGUAUAUAUCCCCUAUACGAUCAGAUUUUGUUUUAUAGCAGAAUAAUUAAAAAAAAUUAUUUAGGAAAAAAGAAAGUCAUCAUACUCCCUUUUUUUUUUUUUUUUUUUUUUUUUUUUCUUCUUUCUCUCUCCCCAGUGGCUAUGGUUUUUGAAACAGAUUAACCCAUUCAUUUAUAAAAAAAAAUAGAUAAACAUUUAAGUAUACAAGCUUUAUAUGUGAAAUGUUCUUUGGCUAUGGAUUGUCAUUGUUUGUUUCUAUACCCAUCAGCUUCAGCUGUGUCUUUGGUUUCCUUUGUUCAAUCCCUGUGUUUGUAUUGUUAACAAAGACUGUUUGUUUUUGGAAAAAAAAAAAAAAAUUAAAAAAAAAAAGAAAAUCAAGUUCAUAAUCAAUUUCAGUUUAGCUUUCAUAUGGUAUGGAUAUUUGUGGAUUAAUUUAAUGGUAGUUGCUUACAAACAUCUGGCAAUUUUAAUCAUUACCUAAUCAUUAUUGCUUUGAAAUUUUAAUUUCAUUAGUCAUUAAUUAGGAUUUGGGCUUCCCUAAUUCAGAUGAUACUUGAUUGAUUAAUUUGAUUAUAAUUGCUCUCAAUUUUUAAUGCUGAACCCAUUACAAUUUUAAUUCACAACUUCCAAAUUUGAAUUCAAAAUUUCAUUUAAAAUAAAGUUUAGUCUCAGAUUUUCACUCCCUCAGUCUUUGAUUUAAUUCAUUUAUUUAAAGAAAAAUUUUGGGGUCUCCCUCAAUACUUGGGUCAGUUGACUUCUCCUGCUAGCGCAGUAAGCCAACCCCCUAGGUAUAGCGACUCCCUAGCGCCACCACUCUGUCAACCCUGUAAUUUUUCCAAAUUUUGGGAGCAAAACUUCACUCUCUUUCUUCUUCUCUCUCUCUCUCUCUCUCUCUCUCUCUCUCUCUCUCUCUCUCUCUCUCUCUCUCAGCUGUCCACUUCUGGUUUGACUACUGCUGCUGGUUUUUGGAUUUGUACCUGUGAAAGUCAUAAAAGCAGAGUGUUUGAGAAAUAUUUAACAAAUAUUUGGGAAAUGGAACACUUCUUUUAAAAUAGUAUGACACUCACUUUACCUUCCCUCCUCAUCCUGUUAUCCUACCCAGCCCAGGCUCGAGUAGGUCGACAAGGAGACUGGUAGGCGUCCAUAAACCCCAAGCACGCGUCUAGAAGCGCUUUGAGUGGUGCAUAGUUGCCAAUCCUACUAGCUGAGAAACCAAUACUGUCAUUGUUAUUGUUUUUCUUUCGCCCCGAAGGGAAUUUUAAUAACAAUCACAGUCCUGGUACUUUGAAAUCCUUUUCAAAACCCCUGUCUAGAACCAUCCUUCUAAAAUAAAAUUUUUACAAAACUCAUUCUGCAAAUAGUGUUAAAGACGAAAACUUCAUUUUAUAGGGAAACUGGAAGCACCCCAUUAUUAUUCUGCUCUUUGCUAAAUGCUAUCCUGUUUGUUUCAUGCUCUUCUUUUCUUCUGCUGUUCUCUAGCUGUGCUAUCUGUGUGUGCUUACUGAUUUUUUCGCAGAGACUCCGAGUUAGAAGCACAUCCACGAGAGGACCACAGUCGAGAACCAGUCUUACCUGCACAUUUACACACUCAUUACUCAUUCCCAUUAACUCACAGUUGACAUUGCACACUUACACCUUUGAUUUGCCCUGCUUUGUUUUGUUUUGUUGUGUUUUGUUUUGUUCUUUUCUUCAAGGUCUGUGUCAGUUUCAGGUUUAGAUGUCCCUCGCGGUGCCAAACAUGUCUCGCACAACAGACCCUGCUGGACACUGGAAGGAUCUGGAGACCUGGCUAAGUGUUGUAACAGACAGCCUCCUACCUAAGGCCGCUGAAACACUAAAGCAUCAGACACAGGACCAGCUGGAUGACAACAUAGCAAGCCUCAUGAAACAGGACCCAAGCCAGAGCUACAGUCACAAAGAACUAGCCAAGAUCACCGGCUCCUUAAGCCACACACUCAUCGCCACCCUCAAACUGAGUGACAGGCAAGCCGCCCAUCGCCAGCAGGAGCUGACACGCGCACAACGACGCAUCGAACAGCUGGAGCUGGAGGCUCAGGAACGACGAGAAGGGCCUGAUGAAGUGGAACAAGGCGCAAAAGAGGAGAUCAACAGGCUGAAAGAGACCCUAGCAGCUACUACGCAAGAAAUGGAACGAGGCAGAGCAGACUACGCUGACCUCUCCGACAAGCUACAGUACGCAGAACAGCUACUGGAAAAAGCAAAGGCUGACUUCAGAGACAAGAACAGCCGAAUUAAAGCUCUCGAAACUCACCUGAAUGAGUCAAGAAAUGAGGUCAGCCGCCUAAAACAACAGCUUGACUACAUCAAAGAAGAGUCUGACAGUAUUAAAGAGGAACUCAAGCAUGCAUAUGAAUUGCGCUGUGAGCCGUCAAGAACACGUCGGACACCGACUUCACCUUUGCCAAGCAGGACCGGCUCCCCUGUUCCUGGACUGGCACAUGAUCAGAAGGGGGCAGUGCCAAAACAGUCACCUGCUCCCUCCGAAGAAUCCUACCUCCCCACUAGGCUAAAAGAACAUGCUCCAGCCAGCCACAGAUCAUCUCAUGGCUUGGACCUCAGAGACCUUGACAAGCUUGCUAGAAACAUUGGCAAAUUCACUCCAAAUGUGCCAGGUAGUCCAAAUGUUCAGAGUUAUCUGCAAGAUAUUGACUUCCAUCUGGAAAUGAGACCCAAUGUCACUGACAAAGAUAGACUUUAUUUGCUCAGAGCCACAUCCAGCUCUGAAGUGCGCAGCUUCCUGGACCGGCAGCCUGCCCACACAAAGACUGAUUACCACCUGCUCCGAGAAGCUCUCAUCAGAGAGUUUGCCGACCCUGAGUCAGAACGAGGACUAGUGGCUGCCCUGGAAACAAAACAAGGUCGUCACGAAACUCCUCAAGUCUUCUAUAGCCGACUCAGGCUAGCAUACUUCGGGUCUCGCAACGAACAGAGCAUGGAGGAGGAAGUGAACUUCAAAACUCUCUUCUUGAGAAACCUCCAUCCUGGGGUGAGCCACCAUCUUGGCGUCCUUGCCUGUCCACGCACAAUGAGUGCUCAACAGUUAAGAGACUUGGCGCACAAAGCCUACUGUAAACAGAAGAUGGCCUUAGAAAAGGGCACCAAAACCACCACAGUUCUUGACUUCAACACCCAGAGUCAAGGGCUGGCCCUAGAGGGCACCCAGCGUCAAGACCUUGCCAAGCCGACACCCAAAGGGUGGAAUGCAUCCUCGUCCAACAGAGAGUGGGACUCCCACACUGGUACUCGACCUAAACAGAGAGACAACCGCUGGGAUGGACCACGUGGACGACAACGCUCACCUGGACGUCACUGGGAAAAUUCAUGGAACCAAUCAAGACCUCAUGAAAGUCAUUGGGAGAAAACCUGGAAUCAGCCAAGCUCAUUUGGAAACCCCAGAGGAAAAGGCUCAUGGGAAUCCAAGGGAAAACGACAAACACACCCUGGAGCAACCAGCCCAAGGAAUCGACAAAAAAACUCACAAAGAUUCCAAGCUGACAGAGCUCAAAAUGAAUCCAUACCAGAACAAAAGACUUCAUCUUGUUUCGACUCUCAAGAGCUGAUGAAAAUGAUGAUGAAAGAGUUCUUCCAACGAAAGGAGGAUGACCGGAAGUGGGAAGAGAAAGCGAAACCAGAUUCAUCCUGAC